UCCAUAUCCUAUCCAUCCUAUCAUCUUCUCCCGUAUACGGAUCAUCUCCAUCACCCCAUUCUCCCAUCUCUGUUUCUUUAGAGAAUCUUCUCCUCUCCUCUUCUCGUUUCUUCAACUCAUCCAACACUCUACUACUUCUCCCUACAUACAUCGCCAGUCUUGAGAGCGAUGGCUGCCAUUGUCUUCCAUCCCACCUUCUUCUGCUCACGUUCCGCCCAGAAACCCCUCUCGUCGACCGCUACGGCGAGAACAGCUCGGUCUCUUCCUUGCCAGUUCCUCGGCAACGCGAUCAGGCUCGAUGAUUCUUCCUUCCGCUCCGGCAAGAAGAGCUCUUCCGCCGCCCGGAUGUCUUGGGACGGUCCCCUCUCCUCCGUCCGACUCAUCAUCCAAGGGAAGAACCUCGACUUGACGGACGCGGUGAAGAAGCAUGUGGAGGACAAGGUCGGCAAGGCGGUGCAGAAGCACAGCUACCUUGUCCGUGAGGUCGACGUCCGGCUGUCCCUUCGCGGCGGAGAAGUCGGCAGAGGCCCUCGGCUUUGCCGAUGCGAGGUCACUUUGUUUAGCAAGAAGCACGGGGUGAUUCGCGCAGAGGAGGAAGCGGAGACGAUGUACGGGAGCAUCGAUUUGGUGUCGUCGGUUCUGCAGAGGAAGCUGCGGAAGAUUAAGGAGAAAGACACCGACCAUGGGCGGCACAUGAAAGGGUUCAACCGUCUCAAGGUUCGGGAUACAGAGCUGAAGGGAGUCGAGGAUGCAGAGGAGGUAGAAGAUUUAGAGGAAUUUGCGCCUGCGGAAGAGGAUGUGGAACGUCUGGGUCGGAUUGUGCGCACAAAGUAUUUUGACAUGCCACCACUAACAGUUGACGAGGCAAAAGAGCAGCUGGAGAAUGUCGAUCACAGCUUUUAUGCUUUCAGGAACGAUGAAACCGGUGAAAUAAACAUAUUGUACAAGAGGAAAGAAGGUGGAUACGGCCUGAUCAUACCUAAAGAUGAUGGCCAAGCGCGUGAUCUGGAAACAUCCUCCGAACGCACCAGAGAGUCCAUCACCGAGCGGGUCAGCGGCUGAUGCAGUGCGAGCUUGCUGCAUGUAUGUUGUUGACUUGAACUCACAUAGUCUCCGCAAGGAUGUUUGUUGACGACGGGAGUUAACAGGUUUUGUAGCCCAUUCACCACUCGAUUGGCUAGCUAGAGUACACGGUUUAUAUUCUUCUUCUUCUUCCAGUCAUAUUUGAUCUUUAUAGCUUAUAAACUGGCUAUAAUAUCAUGGUAUGGAAUGGACCGUCGGUGCAAGGGGCCAGAUUUAAAUUUCAA